GCAGGUUUUGAAUAGUUCACGUUUAGGGAAAGCUUCGCCAAAAUUUUGGUGAAAUUUCUUAUGAGGUGAGCAUCACAGGGCCAAUGAUUUCAAGGUGCAUUCCGAGACAGGUCUUGUCAAGUUGUCUAACGAAAAUGUCGUAAAAUAGGCGAUGAGUCGGCACCGACAUAAAAACCCACUUUUCAGAUUUUCAACCCACCAGAGAGUUCGAUCUUCUUCCUCCGAUGAGUCAGCCCAAACCUCCUCUCCUUCUCUAAUCCCUUGAGCUGCUCCACCUCACUCUUUAAAACCCUAACUGCACCCCCAAUUUCAAGCCCAACAUCACAAUCCAAUUCAACCAAAAUUAUUAAAACAAAUCAACCAAAAUUUCCAAAACAGACUUCAGCGCCGAGACCACGCGAGGGUGAGCACCACCAGCCCACCGUUGAGGUCGACACAGUCCGGCGAGGUCUUGUACCCCGGCCUCUGCAAAGGCGAGAACCAGCUCUGUUGGGGUUUCAUUCGCAAGGUCUACGGCAUCUCUUAUCGGCUCAGCUUCUCUUUGACCGUACCGCCAUCUCCUUCGUUACCGUACUGUAUACUCUGGUCAACGAUCUCCUCAAGGGCAGCCCUGGUCUUCUCAUACUACGGCAUCUUGUGGUGUUUAAUGGUAAUUUAGCCAUUAUGCGUGUAAGGGUUGUAGAUUGAUGGCGGUUUUGGAUCGUUCGAAUUUGAGAUUGAAGGUUGUCGUCGAUUGAUGGCGGAGAUACAGCCAGCAGAUCGAAGGUAAAUGAAUUUGAGCUCAAGGAGGCUUCCUCCGAUAUGGACUACCACCACCGCAAGGAGACUCGGCCUUCCUCUCCGCCACUCUCGCCGGCUUCUUCAUCCUCAGAAACCCCAAUUAACACCGUCCGCGAACAAAUCAUAAAGUGCCUCGAAAUCGUCAGGGCCGGACCACCAGGAGAAUUUUCAUCCCUUUCCGAGCUUCCCCGAUAUAUUCUACGUGGAGUCCUUCUGGGUAAUCUUGACAUACGGGCGGAUCUUCGUCCAACUGCUUUUGAAUUUGCAUUUUUUCACGCCUGGGGACGUCUCAUAAGGGAAACUCAGUGGGAAAGUAUUGGAGCACCAGGAGCUUAUAUAUACGUUGUGACUAAACGUUUGGCACGGUCGGAGAGGGCAUUGGAUGAACUCUCGGAGGUUGUAGAAGAAAAAACAGUGCUGCCAAUAUUCCACGGUGUUGAUCCCUCCGAUGUACGACAUCAAACGGGAAGUUUUGCACAAGCCUUUGCAGACCAUGAGAUAAAGUACAAGGAUGACCCACAAAAAGUAAAAAGGUGGAGAGCUGCUUUAACCAAACUGGGAAAUCUUUCAGGCUGGCAUUCAAAGGGCUGUCACGAAACAAAACUCAUUCAAGACGUUGUUGAUGAGAUACGGUGGAAAAUACAAUUUUCAAAACCUGCCAUUAGAAAUCUGCCAUCAACACCUUCUUGGUCUUCUUCUUAUCGACGAAAGCAUGAUGUCUUUCUAAGCUUUAGAGGGGCGGAUACCCGCUUGGCAUUUAUGGGCCAUCUACAUGCUGCAUUAAUUCACUGUGGAAUUUCGACCUUUAGAGAUGACAUAGAUCUUGAGAAAGGAAAGUCCAUUCGCAAACAACUCGACAAAGCAAUUGAGGGAUCAAAGGUUUGGGUUGUCAUCGUUUCACCAGACUAUGCUUCUUCAAAAUGGUGCUUGAACGAGCUUUUGAAGAUUCUUGAAUGUAGAAAAGCAUCUAAAGUGGGAAGGAAGAAUGAAACUUUGAUGAAGCCAUCUGCAGAAUAUGAAGGACAAGCUCAUACUCUGGUGAAUGGAGACAAAACACAUAAGGGGAAGGCUAGUUUGCGGAACAAGCAGGAAAACAUCACUAAUCAUAAUAAAAGGGAAAUGGGUGAGUUCAGACUUGGCGUUACCUAUGGCGGAAAGUGGGUUGAUUCUGUUUACAUAGGUGGUAGGACAGAAGAAAUAGUGGCUUCAAAAGACAUUACUUAUAGUGAGCUUCUAGAUCAACUGUAUCAUAUUGUUGGAGUACAUCCAACUGAAAAUGAGAUCAAGAUCAGUACGAUCGAUGAAUCAAAAUCACCGGCUUAUCCUGUGGAGAUAAUCAAUGAUGAUGACCUCAAAAAUUUUAUUGAUCAAAGCCUUUCUUCCGACGUGCACUUGAAGCAUCCAUUGCGAAAUUCCUCUAGGAGCAGGAGUAUUCAAGUUAGAGUUUUGGUUAACCAUGAUGGAGAGUGGGUAAAUUCUACAUAUGUUGGUGGCAAAACGAAAGGAAUAAUAAUCCCAGAGGACAUUACUUAUCAAGAACUUGUUGAUAGAGUGUGUGGUGUUGUGGGAGUUGAUCCAAAUGAAUAUAAGUUGAUUAUGAAGACUGCAUAUAAAUCAAAUCUCCCUACUCAACCUGUGGAGAUAAUCGAUGAUGAAGGCCUUGCAUUUUUCAUCCAUGAUGAGAAUCUUUCACUGGGUAUGAGCUCCAUAUUUACUUUGUGCACUACUCUUGAACGACGGGCAUUUCCUAAUGGACAAAUGGAAUCCUCACAUAGUGGUACACCACAUCUCAGAAGAUUUGGGACCUCCCCGAGUUGCGUUCAUUAUGUGACACCUGAUCAGGUGCCUCAUCUUCAUACUCAAGUUGGACCAUCGUCACCAAAUGUGCCUUGUAUGCAGCAGCAGCAGCAACAACAACCUUUCUACCAGCAGCAACAACAACAACAACAACCUUUCUACCAGAAACAACAUUCUUUCCAACAGACGACGUUGCAGCCUUGCUACGAGCACUAUCAACCAUCCGUUCAGCAGCCACAGCCUCUGUACCAACAACUUCAUCCUUCCUACGUGCAGCAGCAGCAAUCUCAGUACCAACAGCUGAAUCCUUCCUACAUGCAGCCGCUGUCACCAAUUCAUCAUGUGCCUUACUCGCUCAAGAUGUUCUGGAAUGAUGCAACCCGAAUAUUUCAAGAUUUGAACUUUUGGCAAUUUAGUUUCAUCAUUAUGUUAUUAGGAAAUAUCUUCUAUUUCUUAAGGCUUUGUAGAAACAAUUAGUAAAGUUUGGUGAAAAAAAUCAAAAAAUCAUUUGAUGAUAUUUAUUCUAUGAGUUUUUCUAUUCA